AUGGCUUCUCCGUCGCGGUGCGGUGAUUCUCCGCUUGAUCUCUCUCCCUCUUCACGGCUUCUCGAUCUCAGGAAACCAGAGGGUUUUGUCGACGGAUUGCUCUUUGGUUAUACUCCAGUUCUUUUAGUGUGUGUUUUGAGUCGUGCCACCGACUCCUCUUGGAACAGCUCAAGCUCACCCGGUUCUGGUUCUCGGAAUGGGCGAUUGUCAAGGUUUAGGAGUAUUGCUAUUUCGUUUGGUGGCUACUGUUCCGUACUCGACUUCUUGCACUUGCUGGUGGGCAUGAAGUCUCUUCAGCCUUCAUGUCACCGAGCUUCCUUGGCGUGUAGAAGUGUACAGGUGGUUUGGGACCGGUUUUCAACUUGGUUUGGUCUCUUAACUCUCUUCUACAUUGUUUGUGCGUUAACUAGCGGUGAUGGUUAUUAG